AGGAGAGGGAGCAGUCGCGUCCUGGAAUCUCGUCUCUUGACUACUGUUGGUGACUUCUGACUGCCUGACCCGAAGUCUGAACUCACCUAGGAGACAAAUCCGGAAAGGAAACUCUGUGAUGAAGAUGGGCAGAUGAAGACCCCCGACGCGGCUGCCCCGGCUCUGCUCCCUGGACAGGACACAGCGUGGGGCUGAGCAGCUGCGCCGUGUGGGACAAUGACAUCGGCCGGCAGUGGGGGCCCCUCGGAGAGCAUCUUGGAGCUGGACUAUGCCUCCUGGAAGAUCCGCUCGACGCUGGUGGUCGCGGGCUUUGUCUUCUACCUAGGCGUCUUCGUGGUCUGCCACCAGCUGUCCUCUUCCCUGAACGCCACCUACCGUUCUCUGGCAGCCAGAGAGAAGGUCUUCUGGGACCUGGCGGCCACACGUGCUGUCUUUGGUGUCCAGAGCACGGCCGCGGGCCUGUGGGCUCUGCUGGGGGACCCAGUGCUCCAGGCGGACAAAGCGCUCGGCCAGCAGGACUGGUGCUGGUUUCACAUCACAACCGCGACCGGCUUCUUUUUCUUUGAAAACGUCGCCGUUCACCUGUCCAACCUGUUCUUCCGGACCUUCGACGUGUUCCUGGUUGUCCACCAUCUCUUUGCCUUCCUGGGGUUUCUCGGCUUGGUGACCAACCUUGGAGCUGGCCACUACCUGGCCAUGACCACGCUGCUCCUGGAGAUGAGCACCCCCUUCACAUGCACUUCCUGGAUGCUCUUAAAG